GUAUAUUGCUUGGGCUGUUUGUUUAUGGAACAGGACUGGCCUAUGGCCCUCAUUUCUUAUCUGCAACUUGCACAUGUAAAUUUCCCUAACUCAGAACGACCCAUAACGCUAAAGGCAGCAUUUUACCAUCUGUUGAGCAAUACUUCGAUUAACAUAACUGAUGGGACAGCGGCUGGCGCGUUUGCCUCCUGUGGACUAGGAGAGAGGGCGCAGGAGAGGCGGCAAGCACAGGGACAUGGCCGACACUCCGUCCCCGCCGGGCACUUCCGGCGGGGACAUGCCACAAGAAAAGCGACUGGGCCAGAAUCUGGCGCUGUCGCAGCUAGCGGACUUACCGGAAAUUCCGAAUGACAACAUGGAGGAGUACCGUCUGCAGCAGCAUGAGUAUACAAUGCACCUGGAUAGCUCAAUGCUAACGUAUACUCCAGCAGCUGGAAAGCUGAAGGUCGCGGACCCUCAGCAGGCUAACCGCUUUGAGGAUGGCAAGUCCAACAAGCGAAAGAUAUACGUGAACAAGGAGGUGCUGAGCCGCCUGGUGUGCGUUGCCGAGGAGCUUAAUAAGGCCCAGGCGCAGAUUGAGGUCCGCAAGAUGAUCAAACGCGAGCACAAGAGGCAAGUGCAGCAGUCGGAGUGCGGCGCCUGGCCGCCUCCCGUCCCGCAGCAGGAGGGGCAGCAGCAGCAGCAGCAGCAGGCGGGACCUCAGGGGCAGGAGGCGGAGGCCGGGAGCGAGCAGCUGCCGCUGGCGGAUAUCCUAAUGGGCCUGGAGGUGGAGGGCGCGCCCGGCUAUAACGAGGACGGCACCCCCGCGGAGCCGCUGACCCCUGGGUCGGCGGCAGCCUUUGCCGCCAUGUCCCCCGCGCGGGCUCCCUCCAGCCGGCCUGGCAAGCGCGUGCCCAGCGCCUACCGCUCCACGCAGGUUCGCUACCCUGCCGUACUCGCCUCCACGGCUCCCAAGAACCGCUGGGGCUACUUCCGGGCUCUUCAGCGGCUGCUGCCCGCCGCCAACGCCGUACGUCCCGGCCACAUCGCCUUUGGCAGCGGCUACGCGGCCCCCACCGCCGCCAGCAGUGCCGUACUGGGCCCGCAGGCACACCCCCGCCUGCACCACCACCAGCACUCCAUGGGGGCGGCGGCGGUGAAGGCCGCCAAGGCCCUCCAGCGCGAGGCCGAGCGCGAGGCGGCCGCCGCAGUGGCUGCGGAGGCCGCCCCGCUGGUGUCUCGCGGCAGCGGGCUGGACGACGCGAUCGCUGCGGUGCUGCACGCCAACCAGAUCCGGGAGGCCAAGCGGGCGGCGGCGCGGCAGCUGGCGGAGGAGGAGGGGCUGCCCACGGAGACGUGGUGGGACAUCAUGCAGAAACGCAAGAAGGUGGUAUACUUCCAGAAGCUGCUUGAGGCGAUGGCUGACAAGAUGGAAUUCAUCCGGGUGGACCGGGCGGCGAGGACCAUCCAGAAGGCCUGGCGCAUGUUCCGGAAGCAGCGCACACGCAAUGCGAGUGAGGAGAUUGCGCUGCUCCAGAAGGAGCUGGCGCACCGCAAGGCGAUGGAGGCGGCGCUAAGGUUGGCGGCGGAGGCGGCCAUUCGCGACCAGCAGGAGAGGGCCAAGCGCAAGGCGCAGCGCACCGCUCGCCUGGCGGUGCCGGAGGGCUCGGGCGGCGAUGCGGGGGGCGACUCCACGCCGCGGGCUAGCCCCAAGAGCGGCACCUUCAGCCGGGCGACCAGCGCUAGGAACCUGGGCUGGCAGAGCUCCCUGCGCGGCUCCAUGGCGGCGUCCCGCAGCCGCGCCGUCAGCCGGGUUGCGUCGCAGCGGCGGCUGGGGGCGGGCGAGGAGGAGGGUGGCGAGGGGGACGACCCGGCGGCAUCUUUGCCGUAUGGCCAGGAGCAAAACAACUUGUGGGCUAAGAUCCAAGCGCUCAUUGGAACCGACUGGGAUGUGGACGAAGAGAGCUCGGCCAGCAGCAGCAAGAGUGGCGCCAGCAGCAGCAGCAGCAAGGACUCGGACGAGGAAGGCGAAGAGUCGCACGCCUCUGGUCAGGAAACGGCUCGCGAGCGACGGAUACGGCUGCGGAGGGAACGAAAGGAAGCUCGAAAGGCGCGGAAGGCAGCUGCAGCAGAAGCAGGGGAAGCGGAUGGGGAUGAGGGUGCCGAGGCCGGGGCAGUGUCGGAGGCAGCAGCUAGGGGUGCGGGAGGCGGCGGCGGGGAGGGUGGCGAGCCUAAGCGGCGGAGGCGGAGGAGGAGGAAGAAGAAGGGAAAGAAGGAGGAGGAUGGGACGGGUUUGUUGGCGCAAGUGGUGAAGGAGGCGAUCAAGACUGCCAAAGCCCUGGAGAAGGAGGACGAGCAGCAGCGCCGCAAGCGCGUGCGCCGCGGUCGCUCCACCGCCGCCGCCUCCACUGCUGGCGGUGGCGGCGGCCCCAGUCGCGGGGUGAGCAAGGAGCUCCAGGCCGCCCUGGACCGCCAGACCCUGGAGCAGGCGGCCGCCUCCCUGCACAUGACGGUUGAGGCGUACAUCGCGAUGCGCAACCGCAAGCUGGGGAUUGUGACGGGGGGUGCUCCGUGGGAGGCGCCCGCCAUGCCGCAGCAGCUCAUGGGCGUGAGCAGCGGGGAGGUGGAGAUUGGCGAGGAGGAGUUGAAGCGCAUGGAGGAUGAGGCGCGGCGUGAGCUCAUGGAGAAGGCGGCGGCGGACUUCAUGGCCAAGGCGGCAGCGGCGUCCGCCGCCGCCGGUGCUGACGGCAGCCAGCAGGGGGCCGCAGCGGCGCCCACUGACACGUCAGCAACGGCGGCGGCGGCGAUGUGGGGUUCCUCCGCCGCUGCGGCGGCGGUGGGGGGUAUUGGCGCUGGGCUGCUUGCCGGUGAGGAGGGCGAGAGCGCGGAGGAGGCGGCGGCGCGGUUCGCCGCGGCGGUGGCGCCGUCACUUGCGGUUUCGGAGGACGAUGUGUGGAAGCUGGUGAAGCAAAAGGUGAAGCGACGAAUGGAGGAAAAGCACGGGAAGGGUGGCGGCGGCGGAGGCGGUGGUGGUGGCGGAGGCGGGCAAGCGAUGGCGGCGGCGGGGCGGCUGCUCGACGGAGGGUCUGCAGUCGGGAGCAGCGAGGACAGCAGCGAGUAUGAGGAGGAGGAGGAGGAUGGGGAGUGGGAUGAUAGCGAGGAUGAUGAAGAUGACGAUGAAUGGGAGUAUGAAGAGGAGGAGGACGAGGAGGAGAGCAGUGACGCGAGCGGGGGGAGGCGGCGGCGACGCCGCCGCAAGAAGCAGCAGGACGGGAAGGCUGGCGGCGGCACCCGGGGCAGUGGCGGCGGCGGCGGUUCCAAGCAAGGCACUGCGGGGGGCGCUCCGCUGUCGGGAAGUAGAACCGGGACGCCUCAGCAGCAGCAACAGCGGCGCCGCCGUCGUCGGGCCAGGCAUGCACCAGACUCCGGAUCUGAGUACGACACAAUGUCGGAAGAUGAGAUCCGACGCGCCGGACCUGCCGUACAUAAGAAGAUCACGCGCCAGAAGGCUCGAGCGGGUCGCAAACUGCAGGGCUACUACACCCGAAGGCUGCGAACCAAGAGCAUCGCCGCCGCGGCGGCGGAGGCGGCCAUGCAAGCCGAGCGAGCGGCGGCGGCUCGUCGUACGGCGGCGGCGGGGCCGCCGUCCUCCUGGCCUCGCACCUCCCGGCGCCUCGCUGGUCCGGCCUGGCGUCCUGGCGGCGGCGGCCCCAAGCGUUACAUCGCGUCGUACGAAAUACAGCAACGUGGCUUCGUUGCGACGCCGUACCGUCCGCCGCCGCCGCCACGGUUCCCCAUCCGUCCAAGCGUGGCAGCGCGAAUGGCGGCGGAGGCUGCGGCAGCGGCUGCUGGUGGUGGCGGUGGCGAAGGCGCCGCCACCACUGCUGGCGCCGGCGCCGCCGGCGCCGCCGCUGCCCCUCGUUCUCCCUCUCCCACCGUGGUAGAGCGGCUGGGCCCCUACCACCUGAGCCCCGGUGGCCCCUCCCUGUUGUACCGGGAGACGCACCGCUCCAGGUCGCCCUCCCGGCAGCCCGCAGCGUCGCUGCACGCUGCUACCUGGAACAAGGUUGCCGGAGUGCCCGGUGCCAUCUUCACGCAGUACGGCUGGGUCACCGCACCCGCUGCUGCUGCUUCCGUGGAUCCGCCACCUGCCUCCUCCGAACCAGCCCCCGGGGAAGCCGCGGUCCCGUCCUCCCUGCUAGGACCCCAUGUGCCUUCCGGCUCCUCUCCUCGCGCCCAGCAACAACAACACCGCCUCUCCCAGCACCCACAACACCCCCAGCAGGAGCCGCACCAGCAACACGACACGUACCCGCAUCAGCAGCCGUACAUGCAGCCGUACCUCCAACGUCCCCCUCAGCAGCCGCAGCACACCCCGCAGCUGCAGCCCGCACUGCUGGUCGACCCGCCGGAGCAGCGGCAGCUGGCGGAGACGGUGGCGGCGCUGCGGGGGGGCGCGCUGGUGCCGGCGCUGGAGGCGUACUGCAGGCAACUGGGGCUGUCUCCGGAGCCCAGCGGAGGAAUAGUGAUAAGGCACCCCUCAGGUGUCGCUGCCACCGCCUCCACUGCCAUCGCCGCAGCCGCUGCGCACUCUGCCUCCCAUGCUGGCGCCUUCGCCGGCUCCAGACCCCUCCAUGCUGGCCCUUCUUCCUCCUCCUCCCACCAUCCGCCGCACACCUCCUCCUCCAACCACCACGCACGCAUGCAGUCCCUCCUAGCCCCCGCAAGCGAUGCCGCCGGGGCGGGUAGCAGUACGGCAGGCCUGGGUCUGGGGCUUACCGUACGAGGGGCCACACCUGCCAGCCGUGCGCUUGGAUCCGGAUUUGGAUCUGGUGGUAAUGCGGGCAGUGGUGCUUCUCGCUCGUCGUCGCCUUCAGCGACCCGUGGGCCGUCAUUCCUGCUGCAAGCUGGCAAUGCACCCUUGGCGCCGCACCCCCCUGGCCACCCUCCUGUGUCGCGCGGCGGGGCGCGGGGAGCGAGCGGCGUACGACAUAACUCUGCGGGCGCGGCAAGCGGCAGCAGCGGCGGCGCCGUCGCUGCCGCCGUCGCGGAUACGAAUGCCUCGCUGCAUGGGAGCAGCUCCGUCCUCAACACACACCAUCGAACCCAUUCGCAUGGUGCUCUGACGGGUGGCGCGGAAGCAGAUGCCGACGGUGGUAGCUGCGGCGGGGCUCACACCGUCGGCGGCGGCGAGAUGAUGACGGCAGGGGGCCUCCCGACAACCAACCAUGAGGGGGCAGGGCCGGUGUCGGGUUUGUCACCCGCGCGGCACAGGCUGGGAGUGUCGUCGCUGCGGCGGGCGACGUCUUCUAAAGCCAUCGUGGACGGCAGUACGGCAUCGCACGGCAGCAUGGGCGGUACGGCAGCGGCGGCGGCGGCGGCGAUUUCGAGGAGCGGUACGGCAGGGGCGAGCAGUAGUACACGAUUUGCCUCACAACGGGGUUACGUUGAGGCUCCUGCCACUGCCUCCGCCGGCAACGGUGGGGCUGCAGGGGCGGAGGCUGCAAGCUCGCACACAGCAGGAAGAGGAGGAGGAGGAGCGACCGGGUUGUCUUUCGGGCUCCCGUACGACAAAUCCGAAGCCUUCGCCGCGACUGCUGGCGGUGGUGGGAGUGCUGGCGGCAGUGACGGCGGUGCGACGGCGACGUCAGGGCACCCUGCCGCCGGGCUUGCGUUGGAGGCGGCAGGCCAGGCGGGUGCGGGCGCGGGCGCUCCGCUGCAGGGCCAGGCGCUCAAGGUUGCACUAGCCGUCAUCAACACGCAGGCUGUGAAACCAGCGAUCGCGCGGCGACUGUUCCCUUUGGGUCAUGCACGCAUCAUGGACUUCCCUGCGCCCGGCGACAGUGGCGGCAGCAUGGAGGCCAGCGCGGACGGCUCGUCAUCCGCCGCCGCGACCGCCGCAGGGUCUGCGGAGGGCCUUGCGUCCUUUCCUCUCGGGGACAUCAGCAGCAGCAGCAGCGACGGCAGCAGCGACGAGGAAGGCUGGGCUACGGUCUCUGAUGAAGAGGGCGGCGGCGGCGGUGGCUUGGAUGGAGGCCACGAGAGAGCGACGGCGGCGGCAGCGGCAGCGGCUGCCGUCAGCAAGGCCGGCGGCGCUGCCAUCGGCUCGUCACACCUGCCGCUGGCGGGGACGCCGAGUGCUCAGACGCCGCCGCUGCAGCAACAGCGCGUGCAGGUGCGGCUGCCGCUGCAACCCCAGCAGCACCCGCAGCCACCCGCGCAGCAGGGUAUGCAUGGCCGCGCAUUGCCCUCGCGAUCUGGGCACCGAGGCAGCGGCGGUGUGCCGUCAACGUCUGCGACGUCGCCGCCGGCGCUCACCGCCGUUGCGUCGGCUCCCAACUUGGGACCUGUGACGUCCCGCUACUCCGCCUCGGAGCCGGCGCAUGGAAAACACGGCGGCGGCGGCACCUCCGCCGCAGCGGCGCCGCCAGCGGCCUCAUCCACGGUGCGCCAGGAACCCCACCUAGGCGUCAUCGGUACGGCAGCGGCGGCGGCGGCGACGGCAGGCGGGUCUCCCUCGCGGCGAAGUCCUGUAACGUCCGCCACUACCGCCGGUGCAGCGCAGAGGACCGCCCCCGCCACUGCCGCGGCGGCGGCUGCAGCGGCAAUGGCGGUACCGACGACGCCGCUUGUGAAGCCUCUCAAGGCGUCGACGUAUCGGGCAUCGCCCGCACCCGCUGCGCCGCCGCCGCCGAUGUCAGUCCAGGCCCAUACACGUGGGAAUGGGCCAGUGAAGGCGCACGUUGAGCAGACCGGACCCCUGCCUGCGGGGUCGGACCCGGGUGGCUAUGCGGACACGCUUCCGACAGGACAGCCAAUUAUCGACGAGCCGUUAGAUGAUGACGAGGACUCGCGGCAGUUCGACAUUUUGUACGACAUGACUCGUUGGGCUGUGGCGCCGCCACCCACGCCUUGCGACUACAGGCCUGAUGCGGAGCAUAUCAAGAUCACCAUCCGUCGCACGAGCGCCGCCAAGAAACGUGAAGAGAGCGAGCGCCGGGAACGCCAGCGCGCGCGUCUCUUCGGCUCCUACGCUUUCACGUACGGCCGGUCAUUGGGCCAAACGUACGAAAAAGUGCAGUUCCGUCGCCGGGAAGCCAAAGCCCGCGUCGCCAUAACAGUCGCGAAUAGCCCCAUCGCCUCAGCCCUCCGCGCAACUGCACCCGCCGCUAAGGCGCAAACUCGUGCCAAUUGGGGCGCGAGUGACGGCGCAGCGGCGCGAGGCGAUGGACGCAUCGGCGUCCCAGGCGCUGCCAUGGGCGGCGGCUUCCGCCGUCCGCGUCCGUCGACUCGCCUCAGCGGUGCUAGCGGCGGCGGCGGCGGCUCGGGCGACGGCAGCCCCGGCGGCGGCGUUGCUUACAUGUGGCCGUUACGGUACCUGGGAACGCCGCAGGCCGGCGGCGCUGCCGCCCCCGCCUCGCCUAGGAUCCGCGUCCGACCUACGGCAACCUUUGGCUUCGGAGGUACUUAUUACUGGCGGCAACCGGUUAAGCUGGCAUCGCUUGUGCGGAUUCGCCAGGUUGGGAACGGCGGGGUGACUGCGCCGCCGCCGCCGCCGCCGGCGGCGGGGGUGGCAGCGGCCUCGGCUUCCACGGAGGCUUGUGAUCCGGCAGCAGCGCCAGCGGAGGCUGCGACGGCGGUGACGACGAUGCAUGACAACGUUGUGGAUUCACCGCGCACUGCUCACCGCCACCGCCUGGCGAGUGCGACAACGGCAGCAGCGGCGGCGGUGGCGGGGGCUCCGGCGCCGCUGCCUCCGCCGCCGCGGCAGAUCCGGCGCAUGGCGACCCAGGCUAUGCGCCUCCUGGAUGAGCUGGGGUCCGAGAUUGGUCGCAUCGAGGUGGAGAUGAAGGUGCUGCAACGGAGGGCGGAGCUGGAGCGAGCGCAGGAGCAGGAGGAGGAACAGGAGGAGGCGCAGGGGCAGAUGCCUUCUGCAUCUGCGGCGCUGGUGCCGCCCGUCCAACCCCAGCAGCCCCAGCCGCAAGCGCGACAGGAGCAGCACACGGCACAGCAACAGCCACGGCAGCAGCCCCAAUCGGUGUUGCAGCAGCAGCAGCAACCGCAGCUGCAGCUGCCCCGCAACCGCAUCUCGCAGCUCCAACAGCCCCAGCGCCAGCCCACCCUCUUUGCCAUCCAGCUUGUGCCCCCAGCUGGCAUACAAGGUACAAGCAUCAAGAAGCCGCCCACGCAUCCGCCCACAUCCGGGUCAACGCAGCAACAGCAGCAGAGCGGCGGCGGCGGAAGUGGCAGUGGCGGCGGAGGCGUAACUCGACUGGCACUGUCUUCACGUGCUGGUGGUGGUGGUAGCCAUGCGCCAGGGACGGCUGGGGCAGCUAGCAACACCACCAGCAGCAGUGGUGGUGUCAGCAACCGCUACCACUCUGGGACAUUCCUCACCAGCACCAAUACCUCCGCAUUAGGCCCGCCUUCACCGCAGCUGCAACCACCCCAACAGCUGCCGACAGCCCCCGGCCUGCACCGCAGCAGCGACAGCAGCAGCAGCAACAGCAGCGCGGGUAGCGGCGGCGGCAACAGCUCACCGCAGCUUUCCCAGUUAGCUCCUCUGGUAAAGCUGGGGCCCCCAAAGUCAGCGGGCGCGUCAACCGUGGCAAAUGGCAUUCGGCGUGAGCCGCCAUCCUCGUCAACGGACGUCCCGCUGCUCAAGGUGACCUCCCUUGGAUCCAGCGCCUUCUCAAAGCUCGUUCUGGAUCUGCAGCCCCCGGAGGCCUCCGGAUCACCCGCCGGCUCGCCUCAUGGGCUUGACCGCUGGACGUCGCCUCGUGCACCGCACGGGCAUCCGACGCAUGGUACACAACUUGUUAGCACCGGUAGCGGCGGCGGCGGUGGCGGCGGGGGCGGUGUGAGCGACGGUGCCGGCGGCGGCAGCGGGGGCAAUGUUGGUGGCGGCGGAAGCUCCGGCUCGCACCUGCCUGUUGUCCGUACGGCAAGCCGCAGAGGGUCGUUGACCAACGGCGGGCCGUCGUUUGACUGGGCACUUCCUGCCCAGUCGGCGGCUCACUCGGCGGCGGCGGCGGCGGCGGCCGGCGUUACAGGAGGGUCGCCGUCGCCCGGUACGGACGUCGAGCCCGACGCCUUGGAAAGCCGUACAUCGGCGACACGAGCGACGACGACAGCGACGUCAGCAGCGGCGGCGGCGGCGUGGCAGUCGUCUUCGGCGCCCGGGCACAGCAGGUCGUCGGCGCCGUCAUUGUACCACCGCUCGGCGUCGCCGUCAACGAUGUUGCCGAGCAUUUCCGGCGGGUCGGCUCCCCCGCGGCCUCCGACGGAGCUUGGCGGUGGGGUUACCAGCAGCGGCGGCGGUGCGGGCGCGUCACAGGUCGCGGCGGCGGCGCCGGCGGGUCGUGCCGUACAUCCGAACAACAUGCCGAUGAGUUCCAUGGCCGCUGCGGCGGCGGCGGCGGCAGCGGCGGCGCAGCAGCAGCUCCAACAGCAACGAGCACUGCAGCAGCAGGUGUCUAGCGGGCGGGAUGGGAUGCAGCCGCCGCCGCAUUCACCCAAGCCCGCUUGGCUAACUCAGCAGCUUCCGGAGAUAGCACAGUACGGCAAUGCGCCAGUUGGUGGCGGGGUACGGACGUCUACAUCGUACGGCCCUCCCUCGUACAGCACCUCCAGCAUCACCGCCAGUUCCGGUGCCGUACGAAUGGCCUCGACGACCUCCGCCGGCCCGUCAAGCGCCGCCGCACGUGUCUCGCAGUACCAACAGCUUCAGCAACAGCAACAACAACAACCGCCAUCAUCGCCGCCGCACAGUCCCUACCGUAGCUACCCCCGCAUGGAUUUGGGUCUAGGAGCAUGCGGCACCCCUGCCAGCCGCAUUCGCCGCCGGAAGUCCCAUGACGGCCCCUCCGCGCAGUACUACUCGUUCACAAGCGGCGGCGGCGGCGGCGGCGGAGGAGGAGGAGGACUCCUUGGCGGCGGCGCGUCGGCGUACGAUUUGUACGACAGCUACGGCUUUGGCGGCACCCCGCCCGGUUACGUCAGCGUGGAUAGUCUGCUCCUGAACCAUAACCUGUUCAGCGGCACGAGCAGCGGUGGCGGCUCCGCAUCUGCCGGUGGCGGCGGCAGCAGCGGCGGCGGCGGCUCUGGCGGCGGCGGCGGCGGGGGUCCCGCCAGCGGCACGCAGACGCGUUUCGCCAGGGCGCGUCGCAUGAGCGUUGGGAUGUCGAUGGCCCCAAGCAGCGGUGGCGGUGCUGGCGGUGCUGGCGGCGUUACAGUUACAACUGUCGUACCUUGACAAUGCCGUACGACAAGUCCUGUCGUACGACACGUGACGUCUCUUGAAACCCCCGCUCUGACGUUGUAUUGGCAGCUCGUACGGCAUAAUGUCACUAUUGUCGUAUGGACGCGGCACUGGCGUUGUUUGACCUUUGUUCACGGACCUGGAUGGGGCAUUUGUGGUGCUGCUCUGACAGGAAGGUUUCUCGCCAUAUUGCGUACGACAGCACUUGGGGUGUGCUCCUUUGCCAGUGGUUCGUAUGUUCUUGGGACAUUUAUUACUUCCUCCGGCUUCCACUCUUCACUUUUGCGCGUAAUGCACACAUUUCUUGAGCUACCGGUAUUUACACCGAAGUUCCAGCCGACCGUACAUAGGUUUUAAUGUUACAGAUAAUACAGAUUGCGAUUGCGCAAACCUAGGUCUUUUCAAAUAUCCAGAACGCUUCCAUGCAACCCAACAAUGGUACGGCAUGUCGUCAUUCAGUAUUGCGCUGUGACAUGCGCCGUACAUUUGUUGUACGGAUAUUGCUUUUGGCUUCCUGUGUGAGGAGUCCUCAUUACCAGGAUUUGUGGUAGGUACAUUUGGAUUGAGUGUGAGGGGGGCGUGCUGUCUAAGUAUUGCAGUGUGGGCAUAAUAAGCACGACGGCAGGACUGCCAAGUGACACGAGUGAAGGCAGUUUAGCGGUGCGUUGCGCAACAGAGGGAGCAACAGGGCAACAGAGCAAGCUAAGAGGAAGUGUGCUGCUUGCUGAUGUGGCUAUAUACGUGCAUUUCCAGAGCUGCGACGCGUGGGAUUGUCAGGAUGAAUGAAUGAGAGGUUUGGAGUGGUUUCGGGGGCUGCAAGUGCACACUUGCAGGUGGUGUCAACUCUUGUCUAGCGAUCUGGAAAGUGGAAACGGAGGUGGGGAUGCGGUUCUUGCUGUCUUUGGGUCCGUUGCUUGAAGGAUCGAUUCCCUCAGGCAGUUCCUGUGCUGUGGUUCACUAGCUGCAUUACUAACACGUGUCGCCGUAGCAGUGCACCCUGUCCUAACCGUGUUUGAAACCGUUGUUGCUCAGGAAUGCGCUGCGAACAGCACGAUGGCCAGCACAUAUUCACGUAAACGCAUGCCGGCAAUCAUUGUUCAUAUUGCAUGACCACGCGUACGCUGUAAAAAAACGGCUUUUC